UUAAGCAAUCAAAAACGUCGCCGAGGUCACAAUAAGCAGCUGUGUAACAUUGGCCUUAUGAUAAUUUUAUAACCGGUCAGUUGGUAUAAAAACAUCGCGUCAAUAACACGCAAUGAUAAACAAAACUUUUGUAUGUCUGUUAAUUAUUUUUAAUUACGAAUGUAGAAGUUUAGCUAAUGAGAAGAUCGGUGAAGUUUUCGCUUGGAAACAAAUCAGCUAUGAUUUCAAUGGCGUCCUAUACAACGAAGACUCGAAUUUCGAGAAAACGCCAAACGGUUUGCAUUUUCAUCAAGACGCACUGGAUUCCGAGAAGUUUUUCAUUCAGUACAACAAUGUGCCCGUAGGCUUUGAAGUUUACGGGAAUAAAGUUAUAGUCACCGUGCCGAGGAGGCGGUAUGGAAUCCCCUCGACCCUCAAUUAUGUGGAGAUGUCCACGAAGUCACCAGCUCUGAAGCCAUUUCCGAACAGUACGAACUUGGUGUCUGUGUAUAGGCCAAGAAUUGACGCAUGUCAUCGACUUUGGAUGGUUGAUACUGGACUUUUGGAAAUACCAGGUAAUCGAAGUCAAGUGCAGAAACCCGCUAUCGUUAUAUACGACUUAAAGACAGACAGACAAAUCUUAAGAUACGAGCUGAAGGACACGGAUCUCGUGAACGAGAGGACACCUGGAGGAUUGAUUUCAAUCACAGUCGAUGUUACGAGUGAUAAGUGUGAAGAUGCCUUCGCUUACAUCAACGACUUGGCAACGGAAGGAAUGAUUGUAUUUUCGUUGAAGUCUAAAAGCAGUUGGAGAUUAAGGCAUCCAAGCUUUGCCCAUAAUGAAAUGUCAUUGAAUUUCUCAAUAGGGGGUUACGUGAUCAAUUGGCGAGACGGACUGUUCAGCAUUGCGUUGUCGGAACCUGACGCUAAAGGUCAUCGAACUGCAUUCUACCAUCCCCUAGUAUCUACCUUGGAAUUCACAGUCAACACGAAGUUUCUCCAAAGUGGUAACCCUAUUGAUAAACAUGUCAAGGUCGCGGGCACUAAAGGUUGUAAUACACAGAGCGGCUCACAUGAUUACCACCCGGGAACUAAAACGUUGUUCUAUGCUAAUGUCGCUCAAGACGCCAUUUUGUGCUGGCGGGUCGACAACAAGAUGGCGCCCGAGAAUAUCGGCGUGGCUGUUCAAGAUCAUGAGAAAUUGGCUUAUAUAUCUGAUUUAAAAGUAAUCGGCGAUGAUGUCUGGGUACUUGUGAAUCAGAUGCAUAUCUUCGUCUACUCGACUUUAAACGUAAAAGAUUACAACUUCUAUAUACAUAAGGCCAACGUGUACGACUUAAUACGGAACACGCCGUGCGAGAAGAAAUUGUAACAAUUCCCGUAAUGAUCCCGAGAGUUUUCUUUUAUACUGUACACUGUCUUAUACUGUAAAUUGAUAUUAAGGAAACUGAUACUUGAAUUAUUAUUAUUGCUAGUAAAUAAUGAUUACAUUUCUUACGUAAAA